AUGGCUGCACCCUCACUCAAACUCGAGCCCAUCAACGAAGACCCAACCCAAAAAGAAGGAGAGCCCCUCUCAGCAGAAACCCGGAAAGCCCUCCACCAAAACAUCGUCAGCAAGCUCCGGCCACUGCCUUUCCAGUAUCACUGGGCCGUCUGGUACGACAAGCACGCAGAGAACACGGCGACCCCAUCAACCUACCAAAACCAGUUAUACCUCUUACACGAGGACGUCGCUGACAUUGCGACAUUCUACCGCGUGUACAACAACUACCCAUGGCAUAGAAUCCGCAUGCGUGACUCCGUGCACAUCUUCCGGAAAGGGGUACGUCCUGUCUGGGAAGAUCCGGAGAACGCCCAGGGUGGAUGUUGGAUGUUUCGCGUGCCCAAGAGCAAGGCGCAGGCGUUUUUUCACGAGAUGGCUGUGCUGUGCUUGGCGAAUGAGUUCCAGGCGGUUGUUGAGAAGGAACACGACCAUGUCCUUGGUAUAUCCAUGACCGUCCGUUUCAACUCCCAUCUCAUCAGUGUCUGGCAUAAGCUUGGCUCCAACGACCGCUCCAUUAAGGCACUUGAGUGCACAGCUAUCGACCGUUUAUCACCCGAGCUGCGAUUGCCAGCUGCAGGGCCCGAUUCCUCGUCUUAUUCGUAUUCUUAUCGCCGCCACGAUGAGAACCCCGGGUAUAAGGAGGCGAUUGAGUUAGCGAGGAAGCAGUCAAUUGUUCGGUAA